GCCCAAAUCUUCUUCUUCCUUAAAAGGCCUAUAACGACCAAAAAAGUGAGAGAGGACUUCUCUCUCUCUCUCUCUCUCUCUCUCUCUGGGCUCCAUCAUCAGCCGAUCGAUGGACGGCGGUGGAUUGCACCAGGGUUCGAUCACGUGCGCGUCGUGGAUCCGACGGCCAGAAAACCGGCAUCUGGUGGUGCUGGGGAAGAAAAAGAGCGGAAUCGAAAUCUUCUCUUUCGAUUCCAAGACCACAUCUCUCUCCUCCUCUCCCAAGGCGAAAUACGCAUUUGAAGACAAUCAAGAUGUGGUCGGAGUUGCAGUCCAUCCGUCUGGAGAUGACAUUGUAUGCUCCUCCACCAAUGGUUGCAUAUUGCUUGAGCUGUAUGGCCAAGAAGAAAAUCUAAAAAUGUUGACCAAGGAUCUUCCCCCUCUUCAAGAUGCUGGUCUGCAGAAAUGCCUGGUUUUUAGCGCUGAUGGUUCUCGAUUUGCCACCGGUGGGCAGGAUGGGCAUCUUAGAGUUUUUGAGUGGCCAAGUCUGCGCAUCCUUUUGGAUGAGCCAAGAGCUCACAAGUCCUUCCGAGAUUUGGAUAUUAGCUUAGACUCAGAAUUCUUAGCUUCAACGUCAACGGAUGGUUCUGCACGGAUAUGGAAGAUAGAUGAAGGUGUCCCAUUGACUUCAUUAACUCAUGGCUCGGAUGAGAAGAUUGAAUGUUGUCGAUUUUCUAGGGAUGGGACUAAACCAUUUCUAUUUUGUACCGUUCGAGAAGGUGGCAGAAUGGUUACUGCAGUAUGGGAUAUUAGUACAUGGAAUAAAAUUGGGCAUAAGAAGCUAUUGAGAAAACCUAUCUCAAUUCUGUCCACCAGCAUGGAUGGGAAAUAUCUUGCAUAUGGAAGCAACGAUGGUGAUCUGUGUGUGGUUGAAGUAAAGAAGAUGGAGAUUUGCCACUUGAGCAAGAAUCUUCAUCUUGGUACAUGCAUUUCAUCAACAGAGUUCUGUCCCAGUGAAAGGUUUGUACUUUCCACUUCAAGUGAAUGGGGUGCAGUGGUGACAAAACUCGACCUAAAAGAAUGGAAAGAGUGGCAGAUAUACAUGUUGCUUCUGGGACUUUUCUUGAUCUCAGCCGUCUUGUUUUAUAUAUUCUUCCAGAAGUCCGAUUCAUUUUGGAACUUCCCUCUUGGGAGAGAUCAGCCCGCAAAACCGUCAUACAAGGCCAUUUUCAGGGAUCCCCAGGCCUCAGAUGAUCAGAGUGUGUGGUGAACAUUUUGUGUGUUGUCAGCUGAUGUCAUGUCAUGCUUAUCAAUAUUGACGGAAAAGUGAAGCUGCAAUGUGGAGUAGAAAAUAAGGUAUUAGUGGCAUAAAAAACUUAACAGAAUCCCAGGAUUCUGGAGGACUGGUGGUGCCAUACAUGGAAGAUUCAGUCGACGUCUAUGGCUGUAACUCCCAUUUCAUUCUAUCAAAGGCAUCCUUGGCCUUUUAACAAAUUUACUGAAACAAAAUGCUAUUCAGGUGUGUUGUUCUCAUUCCCUGUUUUAAGUUUUGAAAACGCAAUUAGCUGUUGCUAGUCGUGUAUUUUAAGUGAGAAAAAUCAGUAACUGUGCUUAUUGAUGUUGUGUUUAAUCCUCCAGCCUAGUAGCAUUUGGACUGA